GUACGCUGCUGGCCGUCACUCACGGCAGGUGUCCCCCCUCCCCUCCCUCCCCCCGUCCUCCCCCGCUCCAUUCGGCUCACAUUAUCCGUCCUCACGAUGUCGAUGCUGAUGAAGCGCUCGGUGCCGCCGUGUCGAGCGCGUCCCUCUGAUCCUCACGGCGGAUCGAUCAUCUAACCGGAUCAAUCGCAUGUGCAGAGAGGGAACUUUACCUCCGGCGACCUGAGGACAGACGCGGCUGAUUGCCCGGCGGUGCGUUGUACGACAUGACACUGUGAGGCUGCUGCAUGAGGCAGCCAGGACAAACAUGAUGGAGGAGGCUGCCGCUAAGCUCGAGAGAGACCACGUGCACACUGUCUAUGACAAGAUUGCUCCAUAUUUCAACGACAGCCGCUACAAAGCCUGGCCGAAGGUGCGUCAGUUCCUGCUGGACCUGCAGGCGGGGAGCAUCGUUGCUGACAUUGGUUGUGGCAAUGGCAAGUACCUCCACAUCAACAAGGAGGUGUUCAAGCUGGGGUGUGACGUCUGUCGCCCCCUGGUGGACUUUGCCUGGAGUCAAGGACACGAGGUCCAAAUGUGCGACGGGCUGCAUUUGCCUUACAGAGACGGCUGCUUCGACGCUGUGCUCUCUAUUGCAGUCAUCCAUCAUUUGUCCACCAAAGAGCGCCGUAUUCGAGCAAUAAAGGAGAUGGCUCGCACCCUGCGAGUGGGUGGACGCAUCAUGAUCUACGUGUGGGCCAUGGAGCAGAAACGUCGAAAAUUUGAGAAACAGGACAUCUUCGUUCCAUGGAACCCCAACCCUCAUUCUCCCUCCGGUUUUGACAAGGAGCACGCCAAGCCCAGGCGGAGGGCCGCAGCUCAGAGCGUCAGCGAAGCCAUAGACAACACUGACAAGCACAGGAAGGUUAGAAGCACAUCCUCAGUGGCAGACGAGGAAGAUCUGACCUGCACAACGCCCCAGCAGAGGACACAGAGACUGUGGUUCUUCUCUAGGUCUUUGGAUUCCGUGUUCGACUUUGGAAGCUUAGGCAUCUCGCGGUCGUCCUCCAGAGACUUGAGCACUUUAUCUUCACCCACAGGGGAAAAUGAGGGGACCAAGGCCAGCCAGCGUGGGAGAGGACAAGGCCUCAUCAAGCAGGUGUCGAGCUUCUUUUCCCCACCAUCUACUAUCGGAUCAGAGGAAGACGUCUUUGACUCAGUCACAGACCUGCACAAGGGACAAAAUGAUCCUGGAGGCAACACCACCGCCACCACCACCACCACCACCACUACUAUUACUGGCACAGAAAACCGGAGCGUCUCAGUAGCUCUAUCCCAGGAGUGUGGCUCUCUGGCUCUGCCAGAUCUAGUCCCUUUCCAGAAGGAACACCUGAAGCGGUCUGGAGAUGAAAGUGAAGGAGGGCCACAGGAGAAAGAGCAACAGGAAAGCACAAGGAGUCCUCAGGGGAGUGAGGGGCAAGAGGAGGGCUCCUGUCUGAGGUACUAUCACGUCUUCAGGGAGGGUGAACUGGCAGAGCUGAUAGAGAAUCACGUUGAAGAGCUUCACGUCAAACACACUUACUUUGAUCAUGCCAACUGGUGUGUGGUGGCAGAGAAAGUUCAGCUAUGGAAAAUAUGAUUCUGACUUAUUUUUAUUUUGCACUGAAUCACAUGUCUGAUGAUGAUCACACACUACAAAUAUACAGGGGUAGCCAGUGUUGAGGAUGCACUGAACAACUCCAGUGCUGCAAAACUCUACUUAAGUGUUUGGACAUUUUUUAUUCUCCUUUAAGUUUUGGUAGUCCUGGAACCAGCUGUGACAGACCUACCCACAUCUACAGUUCAGUAAUAUUUUAGAUGGAUUCGCAGCAGCACUGGAGGAGGGCAGCGUUCAACAGUGGCUCCCGCUGUACCACGUUUUUUAAGUAUUUAAUUAAAUUUAGUACAUGCACCAACAAGCAGUAUCCAGAUAUCCAGUGCUCGUUCUCUUUUAGUGUCAAGACUUUGUUUUUAUUACCAAACCACAGAAAGCUCCAGUGCAGCUAAAGAUUUUAACUAUUUUAAAAGAGGACAUGUUGAGAAAUGCACUGUUUUUUUUCUCUUUGGACAAAGAGGAAUUAGUAGGACUACAGUAUAUUCUUCCAUUUGCUCUUAAAUGUUUUAAGAUUUGCAUUGGUCAUGUUGGAAAAUUCUUUCUUUAGCCUUUGCGUCUGCUUGUUUUACAGUUGCACGUUCUUUAACUCUGAAUGAGGAGCUAAGCUUGCAGCAAGUAUCUGUUAUGGACUUAAUUCUGUAAACUGCUCACAUGUGAUCCAUCACUACACUAUGAUAAAAACAGCUCAAAGUAGUGCAGAAUAUCUUCCAAAACAUUUGUGCAUUUGCUCGUUGUGCUUCAAAGUACGUGUUGCCACUGUAUGUGUGUGUGAGUGUGUGCACAUGCGUUUGUGUGCUUGAUGUGUGUAAUAGUUGUGUACUGUUGUGUUGAAGUAACAAACUGAAGUGUACCACUGGUAUGUUCCAGCAGAUCAACUGCCUCAUGUAACUGUGAAUUCAACAUUGCACUGUACCACAAAUACGUCGCUGCUUGAUGUCAGUGAAACAACAUGAAAAUUGGCGAAGCUUGAAAGCUUGAAACAUUAUUAGUUUGAAACUGUUGUCCAUUGUGCUACGGACGGUACACAUCCUUACCAGUACAUUUUGUGUGGACCAAAUGUGUUUGUUCUGAAGUGACACUGGAACCUCCAUGUCUUAUGUGAACUGAUGUAAAUACCUUUGGGGUUGAAUUUGUUUUUCCUUAUUAAAUAUUUUUGUUCAC